GGAUUCAAAAAUUCACCCACCUUGUUUGAUGAGGCCCUACACGAGGAUCUCAGUGAGUACCGGAGACAAAACCCCGAUGUAACCCUCCUGCAGUAUGUUGAUGAUCUCUUAAUAGCUGCUGAGACCACUGAAGCCUGCCUGCAGGGAACCAGAAACCUCCUACAGACUCUCGGCACCCUGGGAUACCGGGCCUCUGCCAAGAAAGCGCAGAUCUGCAGGCCUGAGGUAACUUACCUGGGGUAGCUAUUGAAAGGGGGGCAACGAUGGCUCACAGAUGCACAGAAGGAAACUGUCCUCCGCAUCCCCAGACCCACCACGCCUCGACAGGUGAGGGAAUUUUUGGGGUCAGCGGGGUUCUGCCGUUUAUGGAUACCCAAAUUUGCUGAAAUGGCCAAACUGCUAUACUUAGCCACCAAAGAGCAGACGCCCUUUAAAUGGACAGAGGAGGCUGAGCAGUCAUUUCAGCAGAUCAAAACUGCCUUGCUAUCCGCACCCGCCCUGGGUCUCCCUGAUGUCUCCAAACCCUUCCACCUCUUUGUGGAUGAAAGCAAAGGCAUAGCUAAGGCCGUGUUGACCCAGCCCCUCGGUCCUUGGCCCAGGCCUGUCGCUUACCUAUCAAAGAAAUUGGACCCAGUGGCUGCCGGCUGGCCUCCUUGCCUCCGGAUGAUCGCCGCCACGCCCCUAAUGGUAAAGGAGGCUGACAAACUAACUAUGGGACAGGAGUUGCAUGUCACCACCCCCCACGCCAUCGACGGGGUUCUCAAACAGCCUCCCGACCGAUGGAUGAGCAAUGCUCGACUGGUCCACUACCAGGGUCUACUGUUAAAUCCCCUCAGAAUCAGCUACACUCCGCCGCGGGCAUUAAACCCUGCCUCCCUAUUACUUGACCCAGAUUUGGACUCCCCACUCCAUGACUGUGCAGAGGUACUGGCCCAGAUCCAUGGGGUUCGGGAAGACCUACGUGACCAGCCCCUACCGGAUGCACAAGUCACAUGGUUCACUGUCGGCAGCAGCUUUGUCCAGCAAGGUCAGAGGUAUGCGGGGGCAGCGGUAACAUCAGAAACUGAGGUGAUAUGGGCAGAGACUCUCCCCCCGAGGACCUCAGCCCAAAAAGCUGAAUUAAUUGCCCUGACCCAAGCUCUCAAGAUGAGCAAAGGCCAAAAAGCCACCAUAUAUACAGACAGCCGGUAUGCUUUCGCUACCGCACAUAUACAUGGGGCAAUAUACCGAGAGCGGGGACUACUCACAGCGGAGGGCAAAGACAUCAAGAACAAAGAGGAAAUCCUGGCCUUGCUAGCGGCCAUAUGGGAACCCAAAAAGCUAGCCAUUGUACACUGCCCGGGGCAUCAAAAACCCACGAAUCCAGUCGCCCGAGGCAACAAUUUGGCAGACCAGACGGCUCGAAAGGCGGCACACACUCCAAUACCAUUACUUCCCCUGCACCUGCCGGAUCCAGGGCCCCGGGAACUACCGCCCCAACCCGACUACUCGGAGGAUGACAUCAGAUGGAUGAGCAAGCUCCCUCUAACCCAGGUUAGAGACGGAUGGUGGCGGGACGCUAAGAACGAUAUCCUCCUUCCUGAGAAACUAGGAACCCUGGUCCUUGAACGGAUCCACCGUAGCACCCACUUGGGCGCCCGACGGCUACAGGAUCUUAUCAGGCAGACUGGACUUAAAAUUAAAAAUGUCUCCGAGAAGACUGAACGACUGGUUGCUGACUGUGCAGUCUGCCAACUCCAUAAUGCCAGCACCCACCCGUCAACCACUGGCAUCCGGGAAAGAGGAAACCAGCCCGGAGCCUACUGGGAAGUGGACUUCACGGAGCCUUACAGCGGACACACGAGACAAUCUGGCCCAAACUAAAAGAGCUAUAUGCAACAGGACCCCCGCCUACUCCACACCAGCUCCGGCCAGGUGACUGGGUCCUUGUCAAACGCCAUCGACAAGAGACCCUAG